AACGUGUUACAGAUAAAGAAUCCCGUGCGGUCCUAUAAGAAUUUCUGUUGCAUUAGUGUUUGGUCAUGAAUUGCACAUGGUGAUCGUUUCAUCAUGAGUUUUACAGUUGUUCUGAAUUCUUGUGUUGCUGGCGUUCUCAAAUCCUUCACAGUUGAUGCCCGUAUUUUAACGAAGAGAUCAUGCAUCCGAAAAAGUCUUAACAAGGUUGUAACCGCUAGAUUCUGCACCAGUAUCGGUUAUCCGCAGUUGACAUCCAGAGAUGACGAUUCCGAAUCCGACUCGGAGAAUGAAGUUGGAGAGACAAGAUCGCUCACAAAUAAAUUUUUGAUUGUAGGUCUCGGCAACCCAGAGAUGCAGUCAAGUCGCUACAGUGUGGGGAUGCAGUUUGUGGACCUUCUGGCCAAAAGGAUGCGACUGAGGUGGACCGCACACAUGUUCAACAAGACGGGUGGAUUCACUGCGUCGGCGCACAUCGGCAACUACACCGAGUUACACCUUCUCAAACCACGGUUGCCUGUGAAUAUCAACGGGGCAAGCGUCAUCAAAUCAACUCGUUUCUUUGAUGUGAAAGCGGGGAAUGUGUAUUUGGUACACGCACUGCCUGAUUUAGCCCAAGGGGAGUUCGAAAUCUCCAAAGUGGACAGCACCAGCUACAGUGGUGUGGCGUCCACGGUGGAGACCCUCAAUUCAGAUGAAAUGACGAGUCUUGCUAUCGGAAUAGACGGUCCAGCAGAAGAUGAGGAACCGGAUGACUAUGUGUGGGAUGAUUUCACAAAUGAUGAAUAUGGCAACAUUGACAAUGCCAUCAAGGAUGCCAUGGAAACGCUGAUAACACACAUUGAAGAGAAACAUGACAUUGAGCUGGACAUUAGGGUAUCUCGGCCCUUGCAUGUCAAAGACGAAGGCCUUUCCAAAUACAUGACAAAAAUGAAGAAACUGUCCAAGACGAAAUAUUCCAAGGAUUAUCGGAGAGGUCAUCGGAAUGAGAGAGAUUCUCGGUAUGAGAGAGAUUCCCGGAAUGAGAGAUAUUCUUGGAAUGAGAGAGAUUCUCGGAAUGAGAGAGAUUCUUGGAAUGAGAAAGAUUCUUGGAAUGAGAAAGAUUCUCGAAGAUACUAUUAAUCAUGUAAAUAAUGGCUGUGAUUGUGAUGGAUUGUGCUUCAGACAAGCCUCCGUAUGCAGUACAUUUGUUCUGGAUACAAUAUUUUACUUAGUUGUUAUUCUGUUACCAUGGUUACUCAGACCUUUAUUGCCAAAUCUGUUAUUGCCAGUGCCACAGAUUUGAAUUUGUUCUCAGUUGUAUCAUUAUUGGCUGUACAACCAUUACAGUCGGCACUUUUACUCUGAUCGGCCUUUGACAACACUAUUCGGAAAUAUCUAUCUAACUAAAAAUCCACACAGAGCACAAGUAUUCCUUUUCGAUACUACACCCUUUUCAGGUUAAAUGUCAUGGCGCUUAGAAAUGACAGGGUGUAUGAAAUAACCUCAUCAUAUGUAGUACUGGCUUUAUUAUUUUCCAUUCAGAAUUGGCUGUUCAUGUUCAUUUUCGAGAUCAGAAAAUGCUGUUCUGAAUGAUUUGUUCGCUCGUACAGAGAAAUUAGACUUCUUGACACUGAUCAGCUGAUUAAAAGGUUGACCUGGGACAACCCCACAUGGAAACUUUGUCUGAUCAUCACACAGAGAGGUAUUGUGUUGGAUUCAUUUGGAGUAAAAGAUGUGACUUUAAUGAGAUUGGUGUGGUGCAUCUGUUGCCAGCUUUUCUCAUUAGCUAUCGCUGCAUCCCAUUACAGGUCAUGUCAGAACUACCAAAGGCCUUUCAUCUGGCCAAUCAGUGCAUCGCUUAUGGCAUCGCAAGAGAGAAAAUCUGAUUGUGGAUUCUAAUCAUGCGGCCAUGAAAUGGUUAAUACAGGGUAUUCCGAAUGACAGUUAUUGGAAGUACGACUCAUUCUGUCAAAAUCAUCGUCAGUCUCCCUAUAAACAUUCAUAGCCCAUGGAAAGUACUGCCAUACAAUCUCUGCCUUCUAUUAGAUUUUCCAGAAUUUUCUUGUAUUCAGUUUUCAAAUUUUAUAUCAAGAAUUUUGAGAAUAUUUUUCAAAGCCUAGUCUGGAAAGAAAGUCGCCAUUUUAGAAUUAGUGUCGUAAAACCCAAGAAAGCUGCUUUCUGAUUGGCUAAUGUUGACUUCCUGUUAGUCAUGUCACUGGUUGAUCAAAGUUUGCGAAGGGUCAUUCUGACGUGACCUGUAAAAGGAUGGCCUCAGAUCUUUGGUGUUGCGGUAGCAAACUAUAAUACAAACAAACUAAGCUUUCUCAUCAGAAGUUUGUGUUUUCCUUUCAUUUUCUGAUGGGAAGAAAAUACAUCGUCAUCCAUGAUGACAGAAUUAGACACAAAGAGAACUCUUCCAUAAAAAAGAAAAUUAUUAUUAUAAAAACUACUACAAAAACCAUAUUUCUUAUUUAACAAAACCAAAAUGUUUUGAUUGCUCUGAAAAUAAUUCUUCACACGAAAUGACCUUAGACUUGUUUCCAGUUUUCUUGUAGCCAAAUAAUGGCAUUCUUGUCACAUUUGAAGAAAUUUGAAACUGGAAGGGUACCGGUAUGUUGAGAAGGGCAGUCAUUCUUAAUCUUGAUAAGUUGGCUGCCGUAAAAUUUGAUGCUAGUUUAAGAUAUUGUAUCUUGAUAUGAUGUGUAAAAAUGUCUUCGAUAAAUAUUUUGCUUUUACCAAUCUAUUAACUGAGAAAACUUCAUGCAGGAUUGUGAGUGAGUAAUAUUAUCACAUUAUUUAAUAUGUUUGCCAUGUUUCCACACUAAGAUAACAAUAAUAAUCUUUGAAAACUUAAUGCUGUGAUUGGUAUUGUGUGCGUAUAUUGGAGAGAAGGGAGGAGGCUUUGGGGAUGCCAGAUUUUUGCUUACAGUUGACAAAAUGUGUUCAUUAUCUGUAAGAUUACUGAGGGGAAUAGGUGGCCCAGAGUUACAUCCCUUUGGCAUGCCAGGAACCUAUCAUCGUUGGUUAAAAUCUCAGAUUUGCACUGUUUAUGUUCCUAGGUUUGUCAGCACCAUACCCGUGAGUGGUAAGCAUCUAACAUCUGCAUUGCUUUGGCUUUCACCACAGCAAGCUUACACGCAUCUUCCCAAGGCACGGACGUUAAGUGACUAUGAAAGUCCAGUUUCCCCCUUGCUAGUAAUUCCAGACCAGUUCAGCAAGGAUGGAAACUGGACUUUUAUAAUCACUUUAACCUAGCCUUGGGAAGAUGGCUGACACGCUGUUUGAAAGAUUGUUUAGAGCAGUGUCUUGUAUGUACUUCCUAUUCUUUUAUAUGUUGAAACGGGUAUUAAAUAUUAUGACAAAAUUAGUUAGUAUGUGAAUCUAGUUAGAUUUUAUCAUGUUCAGUUUUGGACAACCUAGUCAAAACUUGAAAUAUGCCCAGCAUCAAAAGUUAAGCACCAUCCAAUUUUGAUUAAACAGACAUUACAGUGUAUUAGUAUUAUAGAUUCAGGUCUUGGUGUUUUUGCAAAUACAAAUUUGUGUUUUGUGUCUGUCCCAAAUAACCUAAACCUGAUUAUUGCAGAAUGCUCCAACAGGUGUAAUCAUGAACAUAACUUGAGGCACUCGUUAUGGGGUUCUCUGGUCACUAAUCAAGCGGGGGCACGGGUGUCCAGUCGUCUAAGGUGCCGCGAUUCGCUGUGCAGAGUUGCGUCCCUUGGGCACGCCAGAAACCUAUGAUUGUGGGUUUGAAUCCCGGUUCGCCCUGAUUAUGUUUCUAGGUUUGUCAGCACCAUACCCGUGCUCAUGGGUUUCACCGAAGUGGUAAACGUCUAAGACCUGCAUAACUUGGGGCUUUCCUCCCACAAUCAGCAGACACGCCAUAAUAUAACUGGAAUACUGUUAUAAGCGGCGUUAAACCCAACUCACUCACUCACACUUGAUCAAUGGCUGCCGAAGUGUCAGGACAGAUCCUGGUACAUAUUCUUCAGUUGUCUUGAGACAAUGCCUUGUACAUAGGAAGUGUGUAGUUUGAUAGUGUUAUUGAUGAAGGGUAUAUUUGACAUGUUCAGGUCUGUCUUAGAAACAAAUUAUCUUCUGGGACAAGCGGAACAGAAAUGAUUUAUUGUGAUAUCAAUAUGUAGAACAUUUUUUCAUCAAUAAAUUACAAACCAAA